AUGGUGGAACAGGUGAGAGAGUUCACAUACUUAGGAGCAGACAUCACUAGCGACGGAGAUCUAAAGCGGGAAACAGCCAUCCGACCCAUCAUUACUUAUGCUACGGAGACAAGACCAGAUACGGCAAGGACAACACAGAUGAUGAGUACGACAGAGAUGAGGAUAAUAAGGAGAAUACAUGGAAAGACAUUACUGGACAGGGUGAGAAACGAGGAACUAAGGGAACAAAGCGGGAUUCAAGACGUGGGAAAACUGGUGAAAGAAGCAAGGCACAACAAACCCACGGGGAAGAGAACCCAGGGAAGACCACCGAAACGUUGGAAAGAAUGCUGCACGUCUACGUCGGAAGAGGCUGAUUAA